AUGAAACACUCAAAGUUGAUCGCAUUCACGCUCGUUUCUCUCCUCUUGACGAAUGUGAUCACUGCGAAAAAAUGCUCGGAUCAUCCGAAUUGCAUUAGUGAGUUCCGAGAUCUCGUCGACGCGGCAAACGCCGCCAACGAAAAACCGAACAGCAAAUUUAGACAUGACAAACUGCGGGCUCGAUGCAAAGCGGCAAGACGGUGUCUGGAGAUCGAGGGAUGCCAGCUGAAAGCGUUCGGAACCGUCAGCAGCUACUGCAAAGCGAUUAUUGAAUAA